CAAUAGUAUUCCCAGAAAAUCGUUUGUGAGUGUGCGUGUGGGGAGAGAGAGAGUAAUGAGGAGAUGCAGGGUGCGUUGGAUUUGCGCAAGCAUGCUGAUGACCGGGUCGGUGUGAUUGGUCACCUCUACGUAUGAGAGGAUGCCCGUCUACCAGCAAAGUUGUGUGCUUUUAAACUGCGGCGGGCAGAGGGCACGGGAUUCAGACCACACAGCUGUUGGGGAUCGAGAUCAACGAGCUGAGCCGAACCGAACCUGAACCGAGCAGACCAGUGCGCACCACAAGACAGAACCUCUCCAAAAUAGCGCACAAAUAGCCUACAAAGGGGAAGAGGAGUGAGGGACACACAGAGACAUGACUCUGCCAACUGUGCGACAACUUUUUUUCUUAUGUUUAUUCUGGCUUCUUGGAUGUUGGAGUACAACAGAUGCCAGUCCUUACAAUCAGUGGGAAGAUGGCAUAGAGUUAAGAAAGGUGCGCAGCAUUCAAAGUGAUGAUUUCAAUGACAUUUUGUGGAGAGACCAGGAUGAGGAACACGUCAAGAAUGUUUUCAAAAGAUUCCUGUUUCAUUACUCCAAAGCACGGAACUCUGUUGGAGCUGUACAGCAAGAGUCUCACUCAGCUCACCCUCUCAUGCGACUUUUGCCCAAGCUUUCCCAGAGGAGAAAGAAGGUGCUACUUUUGAGGAAACACCCAUCAAAGCUGAAGGCCCUCAGUGACUUUGUGGCAACACGGAAGUGGACCAUGGAACUACCUACCAAGCAAGCAAGCAAAAAUAAAUGAUAUGAUGUCA